GCCAUAUUUCAUCAAAGCAGUGAAUGAAGAUAAACCAUAGUACUUAAAAGUUAAAAAAAAGAAAUACAUGGCAUUAUUAAACAGGAAAGGGCUGAUGUAAGGCUGUGGCUUGUCCGUGGUGAGAGCCUCUUAGAAGAAUGAGGGUGUGUUUGCCUAUAGGAGCGGUGAGGGAGAGGCAGGGGAAGACAGGCUGGGGCCGCUGACCUGAGUCCAGCGCAGGGGUUGAACAUUAAAUGGGAAAAAGUGUGGAAUUGGGUUAGCCAAACAGAGACAUGGAUCACGCGCAGGGUUGUUUUUUUUCCAAGGCUGACAAGAGCCACACAAAACAGGAGGGGUAAGGAGAGAGGAAAGGGCAGUGAGGGUUUGAUGGGACAUUUACACCAUUCAGAACUGGAAGGUGGAGUACAGUGGAACUGAAAAUGAGAUAAGCUCAUCUUACAAACACCAUUUUAAAUUGCAAAGUUUCCAGGUUGCAGGCAUGACGACGGGUUCGUGGGAAGUGGAUUUGACUCGGUCCAACAGUUCCGCUCUCAGAACGGACCUGGCCGGCUCUCUGUUCAACCUGAGCAGCAGCUUCAGUGGUACCGAGGCCUUCCUGUGGCUGCUGCCUUCAGAGAACGGCUCCUGGGGACCCACGCUGGCACCGGCCGGUUCGGCACGGGUGCGGGACCAGGCGCUGGCCCGGGCUGAGAUCGGGGUGCUGGGGCUGGUGCUGGCGCUCACCACCCUGGGCAACAGCUUCGUGCUGUGGGUGCUGCUGCGCAGAAGGAAACACCACGCGCCCAUGCACCUCUUCAUGAUCAACCUGUGCGUUGCUGAUCUGGUGGUGGCCUUCUUCCAGGUUCUGCCGCAGCUGCUGUGGGACAUCACCGAGCGUUUCCAGGGCCCUGACGCACUGUGCCGAUCUGUCAAAUACCUGCAGAUCGUGGGGAUGUUCGCCUCCUCAUACAUGAUCGUCGCCAUGACAGUAGACCGCCACUAUGCCAUCUGCUGCCCUUUGCAGGCGUACAGAGGAGGUGAAACCUCACGCUGGAAUACCCCCAUUAUGGUGGCCUGGGGGCUUGCCCUGGUACUCAGUUUACCCCAGGUCUUCAUCUUCUCACGGUCAGAGGUGGCCCCAGGGGAGUUUGAGUGCUGGGGCCACUUUGCUGAGCCAUGGGGCCUCAAAGCCUAUGUCACCUGGAUGACUGUGGCCGUCUUCAUCCUACCAGCGCUCAUCAUCACCGUCUGUCAGGUGCGCAUCUUCAGAGAGAUCCACGACAACAUCUACCUGAAGUCGGAGCGGAUGGUAACGGCGGAGUUUAAGCGGAACUCCGUGCUCUUUCAUUUCCCUCAGAGAGAAGGGCAUCGUGGGAGGGCCUGCAGUGCUAGAGACAGAGAUGGGCAGGGCAGUCACCAUCAUCAGAUGGACAGCGGCUACCACGGCCGGCCUCGGGGAAGCCCCUUUCGGCCCCCAUCUUCCCCCACUGACCAGAACUCAUUUGACAGUUUCUCCUUCACCUGCGACCCCUGCGCCGUGCCUCUUCCUUCUUCAGAAGUCUCCACCUCGAGCACACCCCAAAUACAGAACUUACAGAACUUCACUGCUGACCAAGCCCCUACCUCUCCUUCUAACCCCUCUCACUCGCGGCCAGCCAAUAGCAUCUGUGUCCGGUCCAGAGGCUCCUCCUCACUGGCCGGACAGCUCUCUGGAGCUCCUGACUUGUGGCCGGACGUGCUCCCAGACACAGCAGCCAUGGGCCUGCCCGCUCAGUAUCCUCCCCUUCCGCCUCCCCCGGGCAUCUCCAAGGCCAUGUCUAAGACGGUGCGGAUGACUCUGGUCAUAGUGCUGGUCUACACUGUCUGCUGGUGUCCUUUCUUCAUUGUGCAGUUGUGGGCAGCCUGGGAUCCAAACCCACCGGAUCAAGGAGUAGCAUUUACCAUCCUGAUGCUGCUGGCCAGUCUGAACUCGUGCACAAACCCCUGGAUCUACACAGCCUUCUCCAGCAGUGUGUCACGGGAGCUGCUGGCUCUGCUGCGCUGCACCAUACCAUCACCACGCAGAGGCUCACUGCCCGACGACUCCACCGCCACUCACACCUCCACCACCACCAAGGACAGCAUCUACUGACCAGCACACAGGCCACUCAACACACGCACCUACAAUCAAGCAUACACACAGGGACAACGUCACAUUCAAAUCCAUCACCCUUACCAGUAUGCUGAUUAUCACCAAACACACUGACCCUCACCAAGACAUCCAAAUACACUGACCAUCACCAAGACAUCCAAACACACUGA